AUGACAGUGGCCCAUGGUGACAAUGUUGAUGAGUUGGCUGCACUCCCUGUCCAGCCUCAGGAUCUGUAUGAGCCAGAGCAGGAUCAUGAGUGCUGUGAGCGGGUGGUGAUCAACAUCUCGGGCCUUCGCUUCGAGACCCAGCUGAGGACCUUGGCCCAGUUCCCUGACACCUUGCUCGGGGAUCCCAAGAAGAGGAUGGGCUACUUUGACCCCCUGAGAAAUGAGUAUUUCUUCGACAGGAACCGACCGAGUUUUGAUGCCAUCCUCUAUUACUAUCAGUCCGGAGGGAGAUUGCGCAGACCUGUCAAUGUGCCCCUGGAUAUUUUCUCGGAGGAGAUACGGUUCUAUGAGUUGGGGGAGGAAGCCAUGGAGAUAUUCAGAGAGGAUGAGGGCUUUAUUAAGGAGGAGGAGAGGCCUUUACCCGAGAAUGAAUUCCAGCGCCAGAUCUGGCUGCUCUUUGAGUACCCCGAGAGUUCAGGUCCAGCUCGAGUUAUCGCCAUUGUGUCAGUCAUGGUCAUUCUCAUCUCCAUUGUCAGCUUCUGUCUUGAAACUCUGCCUGUCUUCAGAGAUGACAAAGAAAAUACAGCUGGAGGGAGACCUCAGUAUAACAACGCCACAGCUUCCUAUCACUCCCCUACAUUUGCUGAUCCUUUCUUCAUUGUCGAGACUCUCUGCAUCAUCUGGUUCUCCUUUGAGUUUCUGGUCAGGUUAUUUGCUUCACCCAGCAAACCCAGCUUCUUUAGAAAUAUCAUGAACAUUAUUGACAUCGUGGCCAUCACUCCCUAUUUCAUCACUCUGGGCACCGAACUGGCUGAGCAGCAGCAACAAGUGGGCAAUGGGCAGCAGCAAGGGCAGCAGGCCAUGUCUCUGGCCAUCCUGAGGGUCAUCCGCUUGGUCAGGGUCUUUCGGAUCUUCAAGCUGUCCAGACACUCCAAAGGGCUGCAGAUCCUUGGGCAGACCCUGAAGGCCAGCAUGAGGGAACUGGGUCUCCUAAUCUUCUUCCUCUUCAUUGGAGUCAUUCUCUUCUCCAGCGCUGUCUACUUCGCUGAGGCCGAUGAAGCAGCUUCAUACUUUGACAGCAUCCCUGAUGCUUUCUGGUGGGCAGUUGUUUCCAUGACAACAGUGGGAUAUGGAGACAUGUAUCCCAUAACCAUAGGGGGCAAAAUGGUUGGCUCCCUGUGCGCCAUCGCAGGGGUUUUGACCAUCGCACUCCCCGUGCCUGUUAUUGUCUCCAACUUUAACUAUUUCUAUCACCGUGAAACAGAGAACGAGGAACAGGCCCAAUACCUACAUGUGAAGAGUUGUCCGAACAUCCCAUCCACCACUGAGCUAAAGAAGAGUAACAGCACUUCCAGCAUCUGCAAGUCAGAGUAUACAGAGACCCGGGAGGGUAUGGGAGGUGUUCAAGACCCCCCUGAUCACAACCUUCACACUGACAAUUGCACUUUACCAAACCCCAACUACGUGAACAUCACCAAAUUACGGAGUGAUGUAUGAGUGUCUCCUGGUUCCACACUAAGGACACAACUCUCACGGCUCUCUUGUCUGCUUGAUGUCUCUGUAGCUUUUGGUGUUCUAUAUCAGAGCGUAAAAUAUUCACACAGUAACUGUGCCCUAUUGAACCAUCCCAAUACAUUCCAAUCACAUACGGUGCUGCCAACUUUAGAGUAAACCAAAUUAAACAGGAAAGUCCUGUUCCUGCAUCUGACAACCACAUGUGUAGCAGGUGUUAGAUAGAAGCCAUGGAAUUCUUCA